CUGAAAGUUCACGACGCCAACCCCAUACGCCACUUCUCCUCCCGGCGAGCAGCCGCGCUCCUUCCCCAAAUCCUUCCUCGAUGCCGCAGCGCAACCGCAGCUGUGAAAUCGAGUUCGAAUUCCGACGGGCUCCCAUGGAGCUGAGCAAGUAGGCGUUGGUCUGCUCCUCGUAUGGAUGCAGAUGUUCUCGUGGAGCCGUAAGCAAUCCUCCUCCGCCGCCUCCUCCUCCGGCCGCCGCGGCGGGGUGGACGCCUCCAUGGACUCCAGCAGCCGCGGCGGCAGCGGGAGCGGGAGCCGCGGACGGAGCCCGCGGCUGGAUCGCCGCAACGCGGCUAAGCGCAUCGACUACGAGGUGGGGGCCGGGGCGGCCGCGUCGGUGGGCGCGUCGUGGUCGUCCUCGUCGUCCGCGGAGCAGCGGUCGCCGGGGUUCCGCCCGUCGCGCUCGCUCGACAUGGCCCCCGGGCCGCCCGGCGCCGACUUCCGCAUCAGCGGGAGCGUGGAGGGAGAGGUCGACGAGCUCUGCCGCAGCCUGGGGCUCUCGGGGCCCGAGGAGUUCGCCAUCCCCGUCGCUGCCUGGGAGGCGCGCAAGGCGCGGUCCAACUCCGACCUCCUCCCGCGCUCCCGCCUCGUCCCGUCCCUUCCCGCCGACGAACUCUCGCCCGUCGCCCGCUCGGUCUCCGCGCCCGAGGCCCAGCCGACUCUCUCCGUCCCUGCCCCCAUUUCUGAGGAGUCCCUCCACUCUUCGUCCACUUCCACUGCCACCGACUCGGCGGAGGAGCCCACCGUUGCGACGCCCGAGGAAUCCCCCAAGGCUGCCCCUGCCGUUGCUGUUGUGGCUCCCGCCGCAGGCUUGCCCCUUCCUUCGCCAAGGAGGGGAGGCGGGGAGGUCGGGAUACGGGGCGCCCGGCCGCCCGUGCUCUCCCCACCUCCGCCAAUCACGACACUCGCGCCUCCGCCGGUUAGGAGGUCCAUUGUUGCUGAUGACAUGACUAGGUCUGCUUGGGACAUUGUGCAGUCGUUUGCUCCCAGGGAAGAGAGAAGUGAACUGGGAGGGGCUCAUGAACGUGUGGACACUGGUCACAUGUUAGACACGGAAAAAGAGGACGAGGUUGAGGAUGAGGUGGCAGCGGUGGAGGGGGAGCUAAAAGAGUUGAGAAUAGGAGAGACGUUCGAAGGGUUCACCGGAACAUCUUCGUUGUCCACAACGAAUGAUGACGAUGCAUCCAGUACGACUACGGAGGCUAUGUUAAUCAUCUCACCGAAUGGCAAGUUAAGGCGAAAGAUUAAGUCAUGGAUGCGUGGUGCUCUUCUGGGAAGCGGCUCAUUCGGGAUGGUGUUCGAGGGGAUCAGUGACGAAGGUGCGUUUUUUGCUGUGAAGGAAGUAUCUUUGCUUGACCAAGGAAGCAACGCGCAACAAUCUAUUCUUGCACUUGAACAGGAAAUUGCACUCCUAAGUCAGUUUGAACAUGAAAAUAUAGUCCAGUAUUAUGGAACUGACAAGGAAGAAUCUAAACUCUAUAUUUUUAUUGAGCUUGUUACACAAGGUUCUCUUUCAUCCCUCUAUCAAAAGUAUAAACUACGAGAAUCACAAGUCUCUGCAUACACAAGGCAGAUUCUUAACGGAUUGGUUUAUCUCCAUGAGCGAAAUGUGGUUCACAGAGAUAUCAAGUGUGCCAAUAUAUUGGUUCAUGCAAAUGGAUCUGUAAAGCUUGCAGAUUUUGGAUUGGCAAAGGAGAUGUCAAAAAUUAAUAUGCUAAGAUCAUGCAAAGGAAGUGUUUACUGGAUGGCACCAGAGGUUAUUAAUCCUAAAAAGAUGUAUGGGCCUUCGGCUGAUAUAUGGAGCCUUGGCUGCACUGUGUUGGAAAUGCUAACCCGUCAAAUACCAUUUCCUAAUAUGGAGUGGACAAAUGCUUUCUUCAAGAUUGGAAAAGGGGAACAACCUCCUAUUCCCAACUACCUGUCAAAAGAAGCUCAAGAUUUCAUUGGCCAGUGUGUAAGAGUUGACCCAGAGAAACGGCCUUCUGCAUCACAACUUUUGGAGCACCCAUUUGUGAACAGGCCGCUGCGAGCUUCAUUUGAAUCUUCAUCUCCCCCUGCCAUCCGCUUGUAGUAUUGAUAGUGGAGUGUUUCUCUUUGUGAAGCCAAUGCUCAGGUCAGGUGCUGAUCGUCAUGAUUUCCACUCCCGGUGCCAGAAAGGAACUACGCGGGCUUGUUUAUGAUGUAGUUUAGCAUAUGUAGUCAGUAGGGUUAGUGAGCUUCAGCAUUGACUGUGUUUUAUUGGAUUAUUUGGGUAUUCUUCAUCAGGCAAAGGGUUCUCUUCUUGAGGACAUUCAGUAGAUUUUUGUACAUUUGGUAGGUAAAAGGGCUGGAAUUGCCUGUGAUAGAGUGAUGUAGGGUUAGUCGAUGUUUGUAAAUGUUUGACGUCACCACUCUUCUCACCAUGGUUUGUUGCUCGAAAAGCAACUCGGAGCAUUGA